UCCUUGUAGUUUAUGCGAUAUGUUCAUCCUGCUGUGCUGGUUCUCCAGCAGAGGCAGCAUAGUAGUAGUAGGAGGUCCAGGAAACAGUGUAGUGUCUUUCGCAGAGCAACGCAGAAGCAACGGUCGUUGGAAGCAGGUGGAAAGUUUUGGCUUUCUUCGGCAUGGAAAUCUGAAUCAGAACACGGAAUCAGAAGGGAAAAGUUGUACAGAAGUUGUUUCCUGAGCUCGGAGGUUGUCCAACUACCGUGCUUGCAUGGUUUACCGAUCGGAUUGUGGUCGACUGUUGUAGGGGGCUUCGAUUUCCAUUCCGAGCAUUGAUUCAAUUCACGGAAAUCUGUCCGGUAGAACAAAAGCACCAUCAGAGCUUGUGUCAGGUGCUUUCCGUUCACGUUUUUUCUGCCAAGAUUCGAAUCAUGCCUGUAUCGUAAAAACAUCGAGUGGUACGAAAAAUAGGUGGAACGUGAAGUUAGCUAAAGGUAGCAAUAACGGUGCGUUCCGUUUACAGAAUUACCAAGCAACCAGCAGCAGUCCGGUCCGUUUAGAUGACUGGAGACCGGACCGGGAAGGAAAUGUAAAGAAAAUGUCGUUCGGAAGUGAGAGGAAUUUGUUUCAGCUAGCUCACACCUUGUUCUUUGAGGGCUGCUUUCAUACACACGUUCGCCUGUGAGGAAAAGUUUUACACCAGAGAUUACUAUCACCUCCACCUACCUAUGCGAGACGAGUAACGUUUAAUGCUAGAGGAGAAAGUAUACAACAUGGUGCACUGCUUUGGAUUCCCAUAUUCCGGCGAACGAGCUCUCCAGCUCCUGUUGGUCAUCAUCGCAUUGAAUCUGAUCCUGACUGACUGCGUCGUCAUGAAUACCAACCGAGGGCCGCCGACGAUGAUGACGACGACGACGACGACCCAGCCGCGGUGAGCAGUGCUAAAUUUAAUCCUGACGAAUGAGUAACAAAAGCAGCCUCCCACCACCUCCAUGUGAAAAUCGCCACGCGAAUCGCCACCAGCUGGCUGUACCGCACACCGCCCUGGCUAUAACAGAAACGAAUAAAUUUUAAACAAAAGAGACCGGACCUACACACUACAGUUGGUCGGUCGGUUGGUCGUUUGCUCGCAUGAUAGUGAGUAAUAAAUUAAUGAAGAUAAAAGAGAAACGGGAUUUAAGCACGGGGUGAACGAGUUAAAAUAAAAAAAAGAAUCCGACGACCCAGGGAGGUCACAUCCUGAAGGCAGGCGACGGUCAAACCCACCCGAGCCGCCUUCCACAGCCACAGAUGAUCCUGCAGGACAAGCGAAUUGAAAAAUAGGAAAACCAAAGCGACAGGAAAAUCGAAGUGAACAUCAUGCGACCUCAGUGAAUCACUGGACAGCGAAGUGCACUGCUGGGACUCGGGACGUGUACCACCCUUCUUGUAGCGCAAAACAACAGUGUAAGUGAAUUUAAGCACAGAAAAAAAAGUUCAGCCAGGGAUUUUGAAAAGGAUUGUGGAAUACAAUAAAAAUAGAAAAAAAAAUAGGCAACAGGGAAGUGAGAUGCAGGAAGUUGAAUAUUUUAACGAUACCUUGAGCGGAGGUUGUGGCCGCGUGGACGGGAGCGGCAGCAGCGACGGUGAUUCAGGGCAAGAACAGCAACAAGCCGGCAACAAGAAGCAUCAUCCGCGGAAAUGUAGCUACGAUUUACUGGAACACCGCAAGUAUAACAAAUGCGAUGAAAAUGUAAAUUACGCCGCAGAUCCACUGCUGCUGUUCACUUCGCCGUCGUCUUCCUCCUCGGACGAGGAUAACUCACCCACGGAAAUGAACAACUGCAUUAAGUUCGUGGAGAAACCGACUCUGAUCAAACGCUUCGCCAAGGGCUUUCUCCGCUCGACGGAGGAAAGCUUACCGCUAAUGUACCAUAAAUCAUCACCGACGUCGCCGCAGAAGAAGCUGAACAACAUCCUGUCCGAGGAAAUUUACAGCCUGGAUCAAAUCGUUUCGAGCAAAUUCGGUGACUCGUGCAAACAUUCACUCAUCGGUCACCAUCCGGCGCCGCCGCUACGCCCAGAUGUGGAGUUCGAAUUCCGACGAAAUCUUCUCAUACGCCAGACUAACAGUGCCAACUCGAGCCCGAAACGGUUCGUGCCCAACAUCAAGCGGACGGACAGCCUCAACAGCAUCGAAGACAACGACCUGGACAGUGCGUCUUGGUUCCAGGCUGGGCUGCCUCGGGAAAUUUCCUUGGAGGUGCUCACACAACAGGCGCCCGGUGCAUUUCUGGUACGGCGAAGUUCGACCAAGCAAGGUUGUUUCGCGCUGUCGCUGAGGGUCCCAUCGCCUGGGCCGAAGGUGGUGCACUAUUUGAUCCUGAAGACGGAACGAGGCUAUAAAAUAAAGGGCUUCACAAAGGAAUUCUCCUCGCUGCGAGCGCUGAUAACGCACCACUCGGUGAUGCCGGAAAUGCUUCCGGUUCCGCUGUCGCUGCCCCGGCCCCAAAACAUCCCAAUCAAGUGCAAACGCGUCGACGACUACGACAGCUACAGCACCCUGCACGAGUUCUCCAAGCUGUUCUCCGAUCUGGACCUAUGAUAGUUUGUCACCACCACCGCCAGCCAUCAGAUGCAGCCGUGCCAUCGUCUGCAGGAAGCGAGCUUUCGCCGUCGCUGAGUUAGUCGUCGAGGAGGAUAGUUUAGCUCGCUGUCGCAACCAUGACGAUGAUGAUGGUGAUGACAACGAUGGGAAGUAGCAGCCAAAAGUGAAUGUUUUACCAGACGACAGGUAAACUUUUUGAUGAGUUUGUAAAUAGCCCUUCUUGUGCUAUCGGCACCCCGCUGCGCUGGAGGACACAUGGUCCCUUUCCGGGCACGAACGGUGGUGUUGAAUUAAUUUUACAUGGAGUAGCUGUCGCGGGGUGCCACUUCCGAUAACUAAAGCUUGGCAGGGCGAUGGAAGUCGCUGUCAGAAUGUCGUCAUUCCCCCCACACAACACAGCACAAGUUCACAAUCAAAAAUCAAUACCUUAUACUGGUGAAAAAGAAAAAAAAAUGAACAUAGAACUGUAACCGUUUGAUAUUGUGAUAUAGCGUUAUACAUGUAUGUUGUACACACGUCCGAGAGGAAAAUCACUUUACACAGGAAAUUGGCUAGUCAUUACCUAAAGGGGACACAGUUGUAAUAGGUCUGUGCCUGCGCUGCUGAUCACACACAGUAUGCGGGUUAUCGAAAUUAGAAAUCGGAAAUAAAUGACUUUUGAAGUUGAACCCACUA